ACAACGUGGUGCAUUCAACAACAUAACUAUGAGCGAUCACCAAAUAAACACCACUUCAGUGUCUUCUCAUAUACCCAAAAAUUAUGGUGUUCCAAAAAAUUAAACAAGUAAUAAAACCCCAAAAAUGUUGGUUAAAUUCCCAAUUGGGCAGCUAAAUCCUCUUCGUUACGCAGAAAUCAGUUUGAUAAUGCCCAUCACUAGAUAUUCUUCAAAGGCUCUUGCCCUCAAUAUUAAGCAAGAACCCCCAAAUUUAGAGGCAGUCCCAAAUCAAGGUUCUGAGUUAAUAACCGCAGUUUCUGGAUCAGAAACUCAAGUUUUUGUUAGGAAAAAGAGGGUAAAAAGAGAAGCAGAUGAAGAAAAUAGUCGUAGUGAUAGAGUGAGUAUGAAUACCCUUAAAAAUUCUGGCCUACCUGAUAUUGAAGAUUUCACCUUUCAAAAGCGCAUUGCUAAAUCAUCUACAAAAGGAAAGUCAAAGCCUAUGCCUCCAACACAUCCUACAAGAACUAAUGUUGUUACUUUGAAGCGUGGUAGUCCAUUUUCAACAGAAAGUGUUACUCUGGGAUCAUUUACUUCGAGUGAAUCUCCAGAAAACUGGGAGAAAGUUCUUGAAGGAAUCCGUCACAUGAGAUCUUCUGAAGAUGCACCAGUAGACUCUGUUGGAUGUGAGAAGGCUGGUAGUUCUCUUCCCCCAAAGGAAAGAAGAUUUGCUGUACUAGCUGGUACACUUCUUUCAAGCCAAACCAAAGAUCAUGUUACUCAUGGAGCAGUGCAGCGUCUCUUGGAAAAUGGACUUCUUGAUCCCUACUCCAUUGAGAAGGCUGAUGAGGAUACAAUCAAGAACUUGAUCUACCCGGUGGGGUUCUACACUAGGAAGGCCAGUAACUUGAAAAAAGUAGCAAAUAUCUGUAUUGAGAAGUAUAAUGGAGAUAUUCCCAGCUCACUGGAACAAUUACUUGAACUCCCUGGGAUAGGUCCUAAAAUUGCUCAUCUGGUUUUGCACAUUGCCUGGAAUGAUGUCCAAGGAAUAUGUGUUGACACUCAUGUCCAUCGCAUCUGCAACAGACUAGGAUGGGUGACACGAGCUGGCACGAAUCAGAAAACUAAAUCACCAGAGGAAACUAGAGAGGCAUUGCAGAAAUGGCUUCCCAAGGAAGAAUGGGUUUCCAUAAAUCCACUUUUGGUAGGAUUCGGGCAGACCAUAUGUGCACCGUUGAGACCACGAUGUGGUGUCUGUCAGAUUAAUAGUCUCUGCCCAUCUGCUUUCAAGGAGGCACCUAGUCCAUCAUCAAAGUCGAAGAAACCAGUACGUGAAAAGCUAUAGUAACAGAAGUAUUUCAUUGUGGAUGUCCAGAUUCUUGUAAAUUUGCUACCAAUUGCUAGGCCUGAAAGACUCAAGCAGCCUGCACUCUGCUGUCAUUUACUUUGUGGCUUCAUUCUGAUUCUUUAUGCUGUCAAAACAAAGUUUGGUGGCCCCCUACUUGUUGCUAUUUUUGCUUUUGAGGGGAAGAAUCAUUGUAAACUGUAAUUUGAGUGCGAUUCAUGACUUCGUGAGACAUAAGGAUGUACAGUACUAAUUAGCUGCAUUUAGUAUAUGCAAAAGAACUCAGUUCAGAAAUCAAUCUCUCUAUAAUAUCUAUUGAUGUUCAAUCAAA